AACGAGCCACACUUCGUUCUGCACUCCGUCGUCCCGGAUAGACCUUCCAGUAUCUCUCUGAUACAAAUUAGCCAGUUGUUCGUUUUUUUUGCAACUUUGUAGAUCGAAAAUCGGUCUGUGGUGGAGUACAAGACCAGUUACCGAGUCGCAUUUGGGAUCCUGUUACAACUUUGAGUGGAUAUUAAUGUCGGUCGGCAGGUCCUGGAAACGCCCUUCUGCAUUAAAACCGGUUCUUUUUACAAGCGCUGAUAAGAGAAGCUGACAAGAUCGUGGAGCAGAAAGCAGUGGUCGAAGGGAACAAAUCCUGUUUUACACUGUACAGCAAAAUCGAGUAGAUCCGUAUUUUUUUGAAGACUCGCAGACUCCAGCACCCGGUUUCUACAGGAACAAUUACAUUUAUAAAACGACUGCAAGAUCGUAACCUUUGUCGCGUUCCUCGUACGCAAUAUUAAGAGAAAAGGUGAUUUUCUGUAGCUGCACCUUGUACUCCAAUUUUCAGCAGUCGAUCUCCUAACACAUCAGUUUUCAAGAGCAUAUCGCAGUGCCUUCCGUGCUUCAGGCAAGAUGAUGCAGAUCUCAGAUUCGCACAAUCAGAAGAAUUCCCUCUUUAAUGCCAUGAACCGGUUUAUUAGCGCUGUGAAUAACAUGGACCAGACUGUUAUGGUUCCCAGCCUUUUGAGGGACGUGCCGUUGGAAAACGAAAAGAGCAUCAGCCCCAUCAGGUCGGCUGGCACCGGAUCGGCAACGUAUUUAUGCAGCGGUGACAUGUACAGUAACUACGUUGUGCUGAAAUCCAUCAGAAAUGACAUCGAAUGGGGCGUCCUACAGAUGGACGAGAGAAGAAAGGAAAAAGUAGGUAUAGCCGGCCUUGACUUAUCGAGAAUAGAAACGGACGGUGAAGAUGAAGACCUGGAGAAACUCUUUCACUUCCAUCUGAACGGCUUGCAUACAGUUUUAUCUAAAUUGACCCGAAAGGCUAAUACUCUUACCAACAGGUACAAGCAAGAGAUCGGUAUCGGAGCCUGGGGACACUGAAGCACUUUAUUUCGUGUUCAUUUACCUGGAAUUUGCCUGAAGCAAUCGAAAUUAGGCUGUGCGAUCUAUGAAGUUUCUUUGAAGAAGCUGAGAAAAUCGAGGCGGAUUAUCAUGCUGCGCCGAUAGCUAAACUUUAUUGAAUUAAUACAUUACAGGAAAGAGACGGCGCACUUGGUGCCACUGGACUCUUAUGCCGACAUAAAACCACGUCCCUUUAAUAUAUUUGUAUUCGGCAUCUUUUACUGCUUUGGGUCCAUCCGUCAGCGCAUUCACGGAUGCAUGUGCUGAACUGAGUAAUAUAGUAAAUUAAUUUAAAAAAUUUAACGGGUUCGAGUUACUUGAGGGGGAGCCAUUUUAAAGGCCUGUAUGAUGUCUGUUAAUGUGUAUUAACUGACUUGAAUAUGCUGAAAUUAAGUGCAUUAAUAAUAUAACAUGCGUGACGUCUAUAAAUUGUUUAAAAAAGUCUGUGAUCUGGAAUCCAUCAAUCCUAUUGAUUUCAUAGAAUCAUGACAGAUUCCAUGAGAUUUUUUUAAUUAUUAAAAUGUUAACAAUAAUGAUAUGUAUACAUGUAUUUUUAGUAGCAUUAUACAUCUGUUACCCAUAAACACUCUGUUUCAAUUUGACUCCACUCUUAAGGUCAUUUUUUUUAUAAACAAUAUGCAGUUUG